AUGAACAAAGAGAGUGGUGUUUUAAAGGCAUGGGAGGCCACAAUUCGAAAAACACAGGCUGCAAAGAAACGUGCAAACAAUUUCUUAGGAACCAUGUCCGUGGCCCAUGUAGAUGACGAUGACGAUGACAGCAAUGAUGAUAAAGACAACAAUGGAAGACACAGUGGGGAAAUAUACCAUGCUGAGAGGGUUCUCCCCAAUGGUGAUUACUAUACAGGCCAAUGGUGCGAUAACUUUCCUCAUGAACAUGGCAAGUACUUAUGGACCGAUGGGUGCAUGUACGUGGGAGAGUGGCAUAGAGGCAAAACUAUGGGGAAAGGUAGGUUUAGUUGGCCUUCCGGGGCUACAUAUGAAGGUGAGUUCAAGAGCGGUUAUAUGGAUGGGAUGGGCACGUAUACAGGGAGUAAUGGAGAUACUUAUAAAGGACAAUGGAUCAUGAAUUUGAAACAUGGGAAUGGCGUGAAGAAUUUUGCCAAUGGGGAUUGGUAUGAAGGCGAAUGGCGGCGAGGAUUGCAAGAAGGUCAAGGGAGGUAUCAAUGGAAGAACGGGAAACAUUAUGUUGGAGAAUGGAAGAAUGGAGAGAUAUGUGGUAAAGGUACAUUUGUUUGGACUAAUGGGAACAGGUUUGAAGGGUAUUGGGAAGAUGGAUUGCCUAAAGGACAUGGAAGUUUCAAAUGGGUUGAUGGGAGUUUUUAUGUUGGGAAUUGGAGUAAGGAUCCCAUUGAACAAAAUGGGACUUAUUAUCCACCAGAGUCAUCCCCAGAAGCCAAUCUUGAAUGGGAUCCUCAAGAUGUGUAUAAUGUUGAUUUGUGUGAUUGUAAGAUUUGUCCAGGAGAGAAAGUCUCAAUUUUGCCAUCACAAAAGAAGCUUGCGGUUUGGAGGUCAACAAAGUCGGGGGAUGGUGCUAAGCCUAGGAGAGUGUCUGUUGAUGGGAGAGUGAGUGUGGGGAUAGAGAAGCCAAUGGAUAGAAUGCGUAUAUGGGAUGGUGAUGAAUCUAGUGAUUUUGUUAGUAGGACACCAAUUGAGGAGGGAGAUUCUGAGGAUGAUAUGUUGGGUCUACAUAACGAUGAUGUAAUUCCAAGGGGGGUACCUAAGAUACCAUUGAAAGUACCAAGGAAAGCUAAGAGACAAGGAGAGACAAUAUGCAAAGGGCACAAGAAUUAUGAGCUCAUGCUCAAUUUGCAGUUGGGAAUCAGGCAUUCUGUUGGAAGACCUGCUCCAGCUGCAUCCCUUGAUUUGAAGUCUUCAGCUUUUGAUCCAAAGGAAAAAGUAUGGACAAAAUUUCCUCCAGAAGGAUCCAAGUACACUCCACCACAUCAGUCCUGUGAAUUUAAAUGGAAGGAUUACUGCCCAUUAGUCUUCAGGACUCUGAGGAAGUUGUUCAAUGUGGACCCAGCUGAUUACAUGAUUUCAAUCUGUGGGAAUGAUGCUCUCCGGGAACUCUCCUCUCCUGGUAAAAGUGGUAGCUUCUUUUACCUGACCAAUGAUGAUCGCUACAUGAUAAAGACUAUAAAAAAGGCAGAAGUAAAAGUGCUAUUGAGGAUGCUUUCAGCCUAUUAUAACCAUUUUCGAGCCUUCGAAAACACUCUAGUAACCAAAUUUUAUGGUCUGCAUUGUGUAAAGCUAACUGGAACUAUCCAGAAGAAGGUACGCUUCAUCAUAAUGGGGAAUCUCUUUCGUUCCGACUAUACCAUCCACAGACGCUUUGACUUGAAGGGAUCUUCCCUUGGCCGCACAACAGAUAAGCCGGAGACAGAGAUUGAUGAAACCACCAUCCUUAAAGACCUUGAUUUGAACUUUUUAUUCAGACUGCAGAAGUCAUGGUUUCAAGAGUUUUGCAGGCAAAUUGAUAGGGACUGUGAGUUUCUCGAGCAGGAGAGAAUUAUGGACUAUAGUCUUUUGGUGGGUCUUCACUUCAGAGAAAUAUCAACUGCUGGUGACUUAAUUCCUUCUGGAACUCAGAGUCCUACUGGUGACUCUGAGGGUGAUGGAGUUCCUCGUCUUUCAAGAGCAGACAUGGAUCAGCUUCUUUUAGACCCAUCCAGGUGGGCUAGUAUUAAAUUAGGCUUGAACAUGCCAGCACGGGUGGAAAAGACUAUAAGAAGAAAUGAUUGUGAAUUUCAGCUCAUAGGAGAACCAACAGGGGAGUAUUAUGAUGUUGUAAUGUUUUUUGGAAUAAUUGACAUACUUCAAGACUACGACAUCAGCAAGAAGCUUGAGCAUGUAUACAAGUCCAUCCAAUAUGACCCGACCUCUAUAUCAGCAGUUGAUCCAAGACAAUAUUCAAAGCGCUUCCGGGAUUUCAUAUUUAACAUAUUUACAGACGACACUUGAAAGACUUUAAACAAGUAGCUUUUGCAUUUCAGUUCAUCAUAGCCCAAGAAGUCUGCAUUCGCCAGAACUGCCUCUGGUUGCUAGUAGCAUCCUGUCCCGGCUAGAGUACCACUGUGGCUAUAAAUUUCACCAUUUGGAAGACCAACUGUAGCUUUCGGGGCUAAGCUCCACAUCAUAUUGAUUGGUCCUGUUGUCCAUUCUAUUCUUUCCUUUGCUUUAUAUACAUCUAUACAUACAUAUACAGUAUGUGUUAGCAUAUUAUAGAAAAUGCUGUAAGCAGAAGCAGAGGUGUGUCCAAUUGUAAAACUGUAUCAAAAUAUAUUGUUUUGAUCAAUUGUUUAGUUUCAAGAGAUAUAGAGAUGUACGAUUUG